AUGGCAUGCAUUGUAAAAGAAUGCAAUCGGCAUCAAAAACAUUCCCCUAGUUUACAUUUUUUUCCGGUUCCUAAAAAUUUAGAUGCUCGAAGAUUAUGGUUUCAUCGGUGCGGCAUUUACGUGGAAAAUCCAAUGCCAAAAUUGUUUGAAACCAAAAGUCUUUUCGUUUGUGAAAAUCAUUUCGAGCCAAGUGAUUAUCGAAUAAUUAAUGUAAAAUGUGAGAAUCCUCGCCAACCAAGUCGCCAACGCUUUUUGUUAUAUCCAGAUAUUCUGCCACAUAAAAACUUGCCACUGGAAUUUCAUAAUGGCCGGUAUUCAUUUCUUCGUAGUGAGGAGGAUCCAUUGAAGAUUUUUAAAAGCUCAACAGGGUCAAGAUCCAUGCCGUGUUGCACCAACCCCGUUAUAUCAGACGAAAACGUGAAACAAUUAGGAUACACGCAGUAUCAUAAAAGGUCCAAGUUGGUGGACAUCAGUUCGAGAGACAACGUCCAAAAAAGUUCAAAGCAGAUUAUGACAGACCGAAGUGUUAUAACCGAUUCAUUGAUUCAAUCAUCCGCAUCGGUGCAAUGUAGUGUUCCAAUGGAAAAUAGGGGAACUCAGACCCUGCACACAAUGAUAUCGUACAAAGCUGUUUCGUCUACACCGAAUUCAUGGGUCCAAAGUUCAGCUGGAUCUACGCUUCAAUCAAGAGAUGGUUCUGCGGGGAGCGUGUAUUUGCCAAGCACAGAAAGCAUGAAUGAGCUCAAAGUGGAGUGUCAUUCCAACGAAUUCUACUCUCAGAUUCAAAUGUCAAUUAAAACGAAGUCUAUGAACUAUCUAGGUAUUUCUCAGGAUAACUAUUUCGUAAUAGAUGCAUUAACUGAAACUACUGGUAUAAGGGAAAGAGAUUUGAUUAUAGUAUUUCGAAAAAUAAGGUUAAAUGAAAGUUUUGAAAUCUUAAGCGACGCGAUAGGAUUGACUGCUGCUCGCGUCGGUCAAAUAUUUAGCACAUGUGUUCCUAUAGUUGCCAGAGAAAUGAAGGAGUUAAUUUUUUGGCCCGCAGACAACGAGAUUAAAAAAUUUUUGCCUGUUUCGUUUCUUAACAAAUAUUCGACCAUACAAAGCAUCAUUGACUGCUUUGAAUUACGUUUAUUUCAAAAGCGUUUCCAGGACGUGCCAGUGAUCAAAAAAUUGUGCGACGAUCUGGUUACUUGA